CCGCGGCCGGUCCCCGCGGCCCGCCGUCCUCACCAGCCCGCCCGACCGAGUCCGGCGUCCCGCUUGCACGUCUGGGCAGCGCGGAGCCUGCUGCCAUGAAGCCAGCGAGAACUAAGACACCCAGGAAACCACCAGUGAAAAAAGGAUCCCAAACGAGUCUUAAAGACCCCGUUGGGGUGUACUGCAGGGUACGCCCACUGAGCCUCCCAGAGCAAGAGUGUUGCAUAGAGGUGAUCAGUAAUACAACAGUUCAACUUCAUCCUCCUGAGGGUUAUAGGCUCAACCGAAAUGGAGACUAUAAGGAGACUCAGUAUUCAUUUAAACAAGUAUUUGGCACUCAUACCACCCAAAAGGAGCUCUUUGAUGUUGUGGCUAAUCCCUUGGUAGAUGACCUCAUUCACGGCAAAAAUGGUCUCCUUUUUACAUAUGGUGUGACGGGAAGUGGAAAAACUCACACUAUGACUGGUUCUCCAGGGGAAGGAGGACUGCUUCCUCGCUGUUUGGACAUGCUCUUUAACAGUAUAGGGUCGUUUCAAGCUAAACGAUACGUUUUUAAAUCUAAUGAUAGGAAUAGUAUGGAUAUACAGUGUGAAGUUGAUGCUUUAUUAGAACGGCAGAAAAGAGAAGCCACGCCCAAUCCAAAGACCCCCUCUAGCAAACGACAAGUAGAUCCAGAGUUUGCAGAUAUGAUAAAUGUACAAGAAUUUUGCAAAGCAGAAGAGGUUGAUGAAGAUAGUGUCUAUGGUGUAUUUGUCUCUUAUAUUGAAAUAUAUAAUAAUUACAUAUAUGACCUAUUGGAAGAGGUGCCGUUUGAUCCCAUAAAGCCUAAACCUCCACAAUCUAAGUUGCUUCGCGAAGAUAAGAACCAUAACAUGUAUGUUGCAGGAUGUACAGAAGUAGAAGUGAAAUCUACUGAGGAGGCUUUUGAAGUUUUCUGGAGAGGCCAGAAAAAGCGACGAAUUGCUAACACACAUUUGAAUCGUGAGUCCAGCCGUUCCCAUAGUGUGUUCAACAUUAAAUUAGUUCAGGCUCCCUUGGAUGCGGAUGGAGACAAUGUCUUACAGGAAAAAGAACAAAUCACUAUCAGCCAGUUGUCCUUGGUAGAUCUUGCUGGAAGUGAAAGAACUAACCGGACAAAAGCAGAAGGGAACAGGUUACGUGAAGCUGGUAACAUUAAUCAGUCACUAAUGACGCUAAGAACGUGUAUGGAGGUCCUGAGAGAGAAUCAAACGUAUGGAACUAACAAGAUGGUUCCAUAUCGAGAUUCAAAGUUAACCCAUCUGUUCAAGAACUACUUUGAUGGGGAAGGGAAAGUACGUCUGAUCGUGUGUGUGAAUCCAAAGGCCGAAGAUUAUGAAGAAAGCUUGCAAGUCAUGAGAUUUGCAGAAGUGACCCAAGAAGUUGAAGUAGCAAGACCAACAGACAAGGCAAUAAGUGGUUUAACGCCGGGAAGGCGAUACAGAAACCAGGCCCGGGGAGGUCCUGUUGGAGAUGAACUGCUGGUUUCAGAAGUGGUUUUGCAGAGUUUUCCACCUUUGCCAUCCUGCGAAAUUUUGGAUAUCAAUGACGAGCAGACUCUUCCCAGGCUGAUUGAAGCACUAGACAAACGACAUCACCUACGACAAAUGAUGAUUGAUGAGUUUCACAAACAGUCUAUUACUUUUAAAGCUUUGUUGCAAGAAUUUGACAAUGCUGUUUUAAAUAAAGAAAACUACAUUCAAGGAAAACUAAGUGAAAAACAAAAGGUGAUCUCAGGACAGAAAUCGGAAAUUGAACGACUGGAAAAGAAAAACAAAACUUUAGAAUACAAGGUUGAGAUUUUAGAGAAAACGACGACUAUCUAUGAAGAAGAUAAGCGCAACCUGCAACAGGAGCUGGAAACCCAGAAUCAGAAACUUCAGCAACAGUUCUCUGACAAGCGCAGACUAGAAGCCAGGCUGCAAGGCAUGGUGACAGAAACAACCAUGAAGUGGGAGAAAGAAUGUGAGCGUCGAGUGGCAGCCAAACAGCUGGAGAUGCAAAAUAAACUCUGGGUGAAAGAUGAAAAACUGAAACAACUGAAGGCUAUCGUUAUUGAACCCAAAACUGAACGGCCAGAGAGACCCUCUCGGGAGCGCGAUCGAGAAAAAGCUACUCGAAGAUCUGUUUCUCCAUCACCAGUACCGCCUUCUAGUAACUGUAUUGCUCAGAUUUCCAACGGCCAGCAACUCAUGAGCCAGCCACAGCUACAUAGGUGCUCUAACUCUUGCAGCAGCAUUUCUGUAGCUUCCUGUAUUUCGGAAUGGGAGCAGAAAAUUCCUUCGUACAACACACCUCUCAAUGUCACAUCUAUUGCAAGGCGUAGGCAGCAGGAGCCAGGACAAAGUAAAACUUGUAUCGUGUCAGACAGAAGGCGAGGGAUGUACUGGACUGAAGGCAGGGAGGUGGUUCCUUCACUCAGAAAUGAGAUAGAAAUAGAAGAGGAUCACUGCAGCAGGAAUGUAGCACCAGUUCGUCUGCGACACAGACGAUCACGCUCUGCGGGAGACAGAUGGGUAGCUCAUAAGCCUGCCUCUAACCUGCAAACUGAGACAGUCAUGCAGCCACAGGUCCCUCACGCCAUCACUGUAUCUGUUGCAAAUGAAAAGGCACUAGCUAAGUGUGAGAAGUACAUGCUGACCCACCAGGAACUAGCCUCCGAUGGGGAGAUUGAAACUAAGCUAAUUAAGGGUGAUGUUUAUAAAACAAGGGGUGGUGGACAAUCCGUCCAGUUUACUGAAAUUGAGACUUUGAAACAAGAAUCACCAACUGGUCGAAAACGAAGAUCUUCCACAAUAGCACCUGCCCAACCAGAUGGAACAGAGUCUGAAUGGACCGACGUAGAAACAAGGUGUUCUGUGGCUGUAGAGAUGAGAGCAGGGUCUCAGCUGGGGCCUGGGUAUCAGCACCACGCACAACCCAAGUGAGUACUGAGGGGCCUGGGUAUCAGCACCACGCACACCCAAGCGCAAGAAGCCAUGAAUUGACAGUCCCAAUAACAAAAGAACAUUUUCAUUUGUGUUGGUGAUUUCUCCAAAGCAAUGCCAGAAGGAGUCUUCUGAACGAAUCAUCUUAUAGAACUCCAGCUUUGUUGAAUACCACAGAUCUCAGAUGUCAUCAUACACUGGCCUACAUAAAGAUUCCCCUAUGGCUCCAAAGAUAUCUAGGAUUCUACAAACUUUUUAUAUUAUACACCUUGCCAUAUUUAAUAUUAAUAACAGAGAAAGACACCUUUCUCAUGCCGUAUGAACUUUUUUAUAAUGCUAUUUUUUGUAUAUUUCUUGUAUACUUAUAAACUAAUUCAUGCAUGUAUUUGUCUUGGCUGAUUAAGAAAGAAUAUAUCUAGAUCACGCUUUGCUUUUUAUUGUGACUUUUCUACUUCCUGUCUGAAUAUUUAAGGGUUUAUAAACAAAACAAAUGCUGCUAUUGAUUAGCUGCAAGAAUGCACUUUAGACAUAUAUUUGACAAUUCAAACUUUCAAAAUAAAGAUGUCAGAGACUCGCCAAUACUAAAACCAUUUUAGGAAGGUGUUCUGAAUUUUGUAUAUAUGUACUUUCUGCCAUUUAGA